GUUUUUCUGUCCAUUUUGUAGAGGUACGUUAGCAUUUUUGAUAAUAUAUAGUUGCAUGAAUUUGUAACAAUGCUGGUCUAUCUUAUCGAAAUGUAUAUCAAUCAUACAGGAAAAUGGCACUUGUCUGUCAGUCCGUCAACUAAAAUCGGGGAAAAUAACGUAACUCUCUCCUGCAACUUCAAUGAAUAUAUCAAUAAAGAUAACAUAAUUCCUGAAAUGGUUAUGGAAAUAAGGAAAAGCAACACCAGAGAAGACUGGAAAGAAGUUGCAAUGAUUAACGUCACAGGAUCCUACAUCCUGAAAACAUAUCAGAACUUGGAAAUUUAUUUUAUCACUUCUGAUAAAUGUUAUCCUGAAUCUGAGGUACUUUUAUCAUGCAAGAUAGAGAUUUUUGUGUCUCUAAUUCUGAGCAGAUGUGCAAUUGACCAAAACCUCUACUCCAUCUUCCGAUGUAGAGUGUCAAACGGAAUUGAGAUUUUCAAAAGUCAAGAAAAAAGUAUCAUAUCGACUAAAGGUCUAUCUCCGAAGAAAAUUCAAUACUUAACUAUUAUUAAAAGCAGCGGGAAAAAACCAGGAGACGUGAUACAGCUUAAAUGCACCGCAAAAGUUAAAAGUAUAAAUGGCCUUCCAAUCCAAAACAUUAGAUGGUGCAAGAAUAUCACUGGAAAAUUUACUGAAAUAUCGCUACAAGACCCUCCUAUUAUCGUACCAGUAUUUAGAAGCAAAGAUGGAUGCGAACAUAUACAACAAUCUGAGAUCUUUUACCACAUCAUACAAAGUGAUGUAUACCUAGAAAUUAUGUGUGAAUCGGGCUACGACAAAUACACGAGUGAAUGUGGAAAAGGAAGUGCAAAUUCGACGUUAUUCAUAAAAACAAAAACUUUGACUGAAGCAAAUGGGCAGUGGAAAGUAUCUCCCAUCUUGAUGUACGACGACAAUGGGGUUGUUGACGAACAAAAUUUCACCACUCAGGGAUUUGGAAGAACAAUUCAUUUGUUUUGCAGCGCUUCCUCGUUCACAUAUAACGGACAGGCGAUAAACUGGUGCGGUAAGAAGAGAUACACAGAUAACUGGACAAAAAUUGUCACACAAGAAGACGAAAUAAAUCUAUCAACAAAUAAAAGUGGUGGGGAAAUGAUAAUGUUUAGUCGAAUAACCUAUCAUAUAACGGAGUUCGACAAGGUUGUUCAUUUUUUCUGUGAAGUUUCUACUUCCUCUUACAGUCCCUGUGGAUCAGGAUUAAGUUUUUCAAGACUUACAGUUCGUAUAAAUGCCCCUCAAACAGCUCAACAAAUGAAGUCUUCUGAUAGGGAUAGUACUACCUCUGUAGUCGUUUUAUCCUUCUUUCUGUGUUUGAUUUUAAUCACAGUAAUUAUUCUUGUGAUUGUAAUCUGCAGAAGAGGAGAAUUGACAAUAUUUGGAGUUGUGAUCAAGAUUGAAAGGAGCAACAACCGAUUUCAACUGCCAGAGGACGUGGACAAUGUAAACUCAGUAUCAUUUUGUACUGUUUUUUCAGUGCAGUCUCAAUCAAAGGCCUCAGAAAGUAUAUCACAAUCAAGCAAACGAUAUAUUGAAGAGCCAAUUAAACAAAAUUCUGAGAUUGGUGAACAGAAGACAGAGUGUAAAGAUGAAAAAGGCUCAGAAGAUAACUCACAGGGGGUUUAUGAAGAACCAGAAUGCACUAUGGCAGUUCAUAGGCAAAGUGCUAAUCAAAACGAAUUUUUGAAAGAUGAGAGUUUGAAUGAAGGAGGAAAAUUGAAACAAAAAAGUGAAACACAAAUAUGUGACUAUGAUGAGCUGCACAUUGAAGAAGAACAACAAAACUACGAAGAUCUAGACUUAUAA